UCACCUUUUUCUUCCUUCUUAUUCACUUGUCCCGUCCCAUGUAGCAACCACAAUACAACACAAACACAUGCAAUUGCUAGCUACUACACACAUUCCUCUAUCUCUUCCUCACUUACCACACUCAAAUAACACUAUCCUCUUUCAUUUUCUUCUAUUCUCUCUUUGCAAUGCAAUGGCAAUAACUCACUGAUACUAGCUAAUAGUUGCACUUUUAGUUUAGCUAACUACACUGCUUGAUCACAACUCUGAGCUUGGCUUUUGAAUGGGUUUAUCUUCUCUUCACGUCUGCAAUAUGGAAUCAUCUGCAGAUCAUUGGUUGCAGGGCACAAUUCACGAUGAGUCAGGAAUGGAUUCAUCUUCACCAAUGUCUGGUGACAUGCUAACAUGUUCAAGGCCAUCAUCCAUGAUAGAGAGGAGGCUAAGACCACCACAUGACCUAUCCCUAAAAUGUCCAAGGUGUGAUUCAACUCACACCAAAUUCUGCUACUACAACAAUUACAGUCUCUCUCAGCCAAGGUACUUCUGCAAGACUUGUAGAAGGUAUUGGACCAAAGGAGGAACACUUAGGAACAUCCCUGUUGGUGGAGGCUGUAGAAAAAACAAAAAAGUUUCUUCCAAAAAAUCAAAUGAUCACUUAGCUAAUACUAAUAUUCAAAACCAACCACAUCAUGUACCUUCCUACCAUCAAAACCCUAAAGAUCUUCAACUUUCUUUCCCUGAUGUGCAAUUUUCUCACCUAAGUAACUUAUUUGGAGCCAAUGGAGCGUUAGGAAACCCUAAUUUCAUGGAGAACAAGUAUAGUAAUGUUGGCAUGCUUGAAAACCCUAGGCCUAUUGACUUCAUGAUGGAAAAUAAGUUAGAAGGCAUAAUUGGGAGUAGUUCUAGGAAUUUUGAUAAUUAUUUUGGAAAUAGUGAUCAUAUGAAUAUGAAUAUGGGUGUUGGGAUUGGAGGAGAUAUGAUGAAUGGACAAAAUGGGUUGCCACAGAAUUUUCAUCAUGCAUUUGGUGGAAUGUCAUUUGAAGGAGGAAACAAUAACAAUGGUGCUUAUUUAAUGGAUUCUUGUCAAAGACUUAUGCUUCCAUAUGAUGCUAAUGAUGAGGAUCACAAUGCUUCAAUUGAUGUGAAGCCAAACCCUAAACUAUUGUCACUUGAAUGGCAGCAAGAUCAAGGUUGCUCUGAUGCUGGAAAAGGUCAGUCAUUUGGAUAUGGAUCAUGGAGUGGUAUGAUGAAUGGUUAUGGAUCUUCCACAACAAACCCUUUGAUCAACGGCUAAGCUCUCUCUUAGCUUGCUUAAUUUGACCAAUGACCUAAUCAAUCACUUUCUUCAUAUAUAAUUUAUAUAUUAUCUACAUAAAGUCUUUGUAUGGGAGGGUUUAAAUUCCAUGUAUUUUUCUUAUGUAGUGUUUCUUUCUAUGAUCAAGGGGUGUCUUCAAAAUUCUAUUGAAUUAAUCAAGAGAUGGCUCGAGUGUGAAUGAGAAGCUUCAGAGUCCAAAUCUACUGCCUUGGUGUGUUUCCUUUUGGAUUAUAUAAAUAUAUGUAUGUGUCUUUGUGUGCGACACGUCAUGGAAACUUUAGGACUAUAUGCUGUACUGUAACAUCGAGGAAGAUAUGGUAGUUCUUCUUUUCUAGCUGAAGAAAAUAUGCAGUAGUACUAUAUUAUUAUCUUUUUAUGAA